AUGGCAUAUUCUCAAGACGACCGCUUCCUUGUCACUCUAGGUUGGUAUAUAGCCAAGGGGGAUGAGAAGGCAUCAGGAGAUUAUGUAGACAGAGUCCUUGCCUUGUGGAACACCCAGACUUACGACCUCACGUCCUCCACCCGUCUUGCUGAGCCCGUCCACGACCUGGCUUUUAAUCCCCUUUCUGUGGGGCAGCUUGCCUGUGUGGGGAAGGGAGCUGUGACCUUCUGGUUGAUGAAGCAACAGGGCUCGGACAUCAGCCUCAAAGUCCAGCGAGUCCCUGCUCCUGAUGCUAUUGGCGGGGUGGAGCUCACAUCCAUGUGCUACAGCUCUGGUUGCCUGCUCUACACUGGGACAAGCACAGGACAGAUCUGCAGCUGGGACACUGAGACAAAUUGCUGCUUCAUGACUUGGGAGGCCGUGGACGGCGAGAUUGGAAUGGAGCUUUCACCUCACAAUCAGGAGACUAUGAGUUCGAUCCUUUGUAGUGGCAGGAGAAAGUUGGUCUUCUGCUUUUCUUUCUCCCAGGUGUUCAUUGGUCACUCUGAACCAAUACAGCAGGUGAGGUUCACUGCUGACCAAAAGCAGGUCUUCAGUGUUGGAGAUGCCAUCUUCCUGUGGGAUUUCCUAGGCGUCUUCGCAGAGGAGACCUUCAGGGAUGAGAUCGAUUCCCCUAGGCCCUUAGCGCUUCUUCCAGUUGAUGCUAAUUUGGAGAAGGUACAAAAUUCACCUCCUGGCUCCAGUGAUGCCCCCCGCCAGCUGGUUCCUUUGCCUACUGUGGUGUCUCCUCCAUGCCUGGAUCUCAGCGCUCUGCACCGACUGGUUGAGCAUGACACCUGGUCUGACUCUGAAGAAGAAAAAGAAGCCUGUUUGAAAGGAAAACAUGGGGAAGCUGUUAAUGGGACUACUGGCCACUCAGUUCUUGUGCUGAAUGAUGUUGUCCAACAUGAAGAGCCUCUGGCUGUGAAACCUGACCUCACUCCAAUUUGUUCAAGCCCUCACAGUCCUGCAGGAGGGGACAGAGGGAAGGAAACAAAAGGCUCUUUACCCCAAAAUAUCAUCCGUCCAGACUGCUACCGUCACUUCAUACCCCGUUUCAAAUCUUCUGCCCCUUCCAAGGUAUUUUCUUCUCCAACCGCUAACGAGGGUCUGAAGCUGAAAGCUGUGAUUGGCUACAACGGGAACGCCCGUGGGAACAUGGUGUGGAACCCUGACACAGGUUUCUUUGCCUACAGUUGUGGUUGCGUGCUGAUUGUGGAAGACUUGCACUCUGGAUCCCAACAGCAUUGGCUGGGUCACCCAGAAGAGAUUUCAACCUUAGCUCUCAGUCAUAAUGCCCAGGUAUGGUCACCCCACCAUUUUUCUAUAGAUAAGUUUAUCAGAAUCACAAAUACGUUGGUUGGAUCAGAUGAAAUGGGGAUUCAUUGA